AUGGAGCAACUUGCGGAUUUUGUGACUAAAUCCUUCGAGUACAAUAACAAUGGUGUGCUGGAUGUGCAAACAAAGCCCAUUAGUGAGACUCGCGAGGAAGCCCCAAAUGGCUUCCACAGUGCCGAGAGUGCGUCGGAUGAGGAGACCGUGGAUGUGGAUGUGAUUGAUUCACAAUCAGACACGGAAGACAGCAAAUUCCUCCGUGAAUCACCGAUCAAAGUGGUGCAGAAGAAAACAAUAAUGGAUAUCUCAAAUAGUGUUUGCUGCACCCCUGUGGAUGACAAAGACAUUCCCGUGUCGUUAAUAAAGAAGAACAAGAUGAGCAGCUUCCUCACCACGAAGAAUUGGCUCAUCUCCGACACGGAGAAUUCACGUAGUUUGCCUCUGCUUCAAGAUCCCAAAAAGCAGGAAGUCCGAGAUGUGGAUACCGAUGGGGUGCUCAAUCUCAAAUGUACAUUCGAGAAUGGGCAUGUAAAGCCUAAAGAACAAACUGGGAAUGUUGGAGAGGAUUUGACUACAAAGGAUACGGGAAAAGGGAAGAAUGUUCAAGCUGUUAAGACAGACAAACAAGAGACUCCGCAUGGGGAUCGUGACGCAAAUAGAUACGGUAGCUCAUCACCAACUCUUCCGGGGGCCUCAUCGAAUGUAGCACCGAACUCCGGCAACAAACAGCGUCGUUCGCGUACAAACUUCACAUUGGAGCAACUCAAUGAGUUGGAGCGCCUCUUUGAGGAGACUCACUACCCAGACGCCUUCAUGCGUGAAGAAUUGAGUCAGCGUCUCGGGUUGAGUGAGGCCCGUGUGCAGGUGUGGUUUCAAAAUCGACGUGCCAAAUGCCGUAAACAUGAAAAUCAAAUGCAUAAAGGAAUUCUGCUUGCGAGCCAGAGUCCUCCGGUUUCAACGCCCCUCGAGCCAUGUCGAGUAGCUCCCUACGUGAAUCUUCCGGCUCUUCGGUGCUCAUCUGGCGCUCCUGCAUCCCAGGCUUCCAACACGGUCCACUUUACGACUUCAGCUGCCUUUUCUGCUUUCGAUCCAGCUCUCAUGACGGCUGCUCAUCAGUAUGCUGCUGCCAUGACAGGCGCUGUGGUGAUAGGAUCGAGUUCAGGACUGUCCAGUAGCACGGAACUCUUCAGGUUGUCCUCAUCGUACCCACUCAGCAUCGCAGCCAUUGCGGCGGCACACAGCAAGAACUCCAGCAUAGCCGAUCUGCGUCUCAAGGCUAAGAAGCAUGCUGAAGCACUGGGAAUUGAGAAUGCCUGAGCUACCCCGUCUCCUCCCCUUUCG